AUGCUCAAACUUAUAGCAAUUACUUAUCUAGCAGCUUCAGUAGCUUGCUCGAUCAAAGGAGUCAGCCCAGAAAACCAACACUUGUAUGAACCAGUAAUUAUAGAUGACGUCCAAUACUGGCACUGUCUCAAUGAUUCCUCAAUCAGACUAACUUACAACCAAAUCAAUGACAAUUAUUGUGAUUGCCCAGAUGGAUCAGAUGAACCGGGCACAAAUGCUUGCGAAAAUUCCAAGUACUACUGUGAAAAUAAAGGACAUUUCCCAGCUUAUAUCGACAGUUUUAAGCUCAAUGACGGGGUGUGUGACUAUGACGUUUGUUGCGAUGGUUCAGACGAACCUGAAGGUUGCGAGAAUAAAUGCGAUGUGAUUCAUAACCAGUAUGUUGAGUAUAAAGAAAACGUGGAAAAGUUUAUGGCCACUUCUUUGCAAACCAAAGAAAAGUAUUUGCAGGUUGCCAAGACUAAAAAGGAAAAGUUGCUGAAUGAUAAAACUAGAUUGGAACAACAAUUGUCUCUGGCACAGAAGCAACUAGAAAGAUUAAGACUCGAGUUAGAAAACAAGGAAUUAGAAGCUGAAUUGGAGGAACCUUCCGUUUAUGAAGCUUUAUCUGACCAUUUUGUUAACUUGAAUCAGAAAUUACAAGCUAACAAGGAAAUACUUUUUACCAAGAAUUCCCAUAUUGACACAUUGGAACAAAUAUUGCACACAUUAGCCAACAACUAUAACCCAAAUUUCAACGACCCUGCUGUGAAAGAAUCAAUCAACAAAUUCAAGCAGUACAUUUCCAACAAACAGGAAGUCAAUAACGACAUCGGCGACGCACAAAAUGUGCUUGAAAAGUUACAACAACAAGCCAAAUCUUUAACUCAAGGUGGUGGUGUUGUUCCUACAAUUGCAAACACAUUCCAUUACUAUUACCAAUUAUUCACAAACACCUUCUUGGUAGCACCUCAGGUUCCAAACUUAUCCAACCUAGGCAACAAUGAAUUGUCUUCACAAAUAGACCAAUUGGAAACACAAGUCAAGAAUAUUCAGCGUAAAUUGCAAGAAGUGGUUUCUAACUUAAACAUUAAUGCCGGCCCAAAUGAUAUUUUGAGAGCAUUUGAUACAAUUAACAAGAAGAUAUCAGGCUACCACUACAGAAUCAGCCUUUUGGACUCAAUAUAUCAAGACGAUGUGUUAAUAGGUAGAUUCAAGGAGUUCAAAGAUAACAAGGUUUACUUUGACUAUGGCUCAAGAUGUUGGAAUGGACCACAAAGAGCUGGUGAUGUAGAAUUUGUCUGUGGCAAAGGGCCAGAUAUCGUAAGUGUAAGUGAACCUGAAAAAUGUCAUUAUAAUUUUGUUAUCCAAGGUGAAUCGUGGUGUGAGCCAAUGACCGAGGAGGAAAUUAGGGCUAACUUUAAUAUUGAUUAUGAUAAGUUAUAA